CGCAAUAAUAGCAAGAAAAGAAAUGCGGUCUCAUCUACUAAGUCUCUGGCCCCUUCAACUGACGGUGAUACAAAAACAACUGCUUCACCAACGCUUUCAUUACGAAGUCUUCCAUUGUGUUCUUCUAAGCGGGUGAAAUCUACUUCUUCUUCCAAAACCAAAGCAACGACUUCAAAUGUAAUAGUAAAUUGUAAUACUAGUAAUCCUGUCACAACCUCAAUGAGCACCCAAACUAGUCUUGAGCUCGAUCUAGAAGUCCAAAGGGAUGCUUUAAAUAAUGAACUUAUAGAUACUAAAAAUAAAUUAAGUUCUUCUUUGCAUGAGAACUCGAUGUUGAUUGAUGAGAUAACAAUUUUAAAAGAGGAGAUAAGGGUUUUGAAUGAAAAAUUACAUUAUGUAAAUAAAGUAGAGGACACUUCAAAUCUUUCAAAAAACAGCUUAACCAAAAAGAACAAAAUGUUAUUAGACCAAAUUGACACGCUUAAAAAUGACCUAAGCAAGGUAAACUCCGACAACUAUUCCCUUCAAAAAGCAAAUAGAGGCAUACUUAAGCAAUUAAAAUCAAAAAAGCCAAAACAGAGUCUAAAAUUGGAGUUCAGCUUGAGAAACACUUUUAUAUUUAAAAAAUUUAGGAAUACAGGAAAUUCAAAGGCGUUUCAACAGGUAGUCCUUAAUGUUGAUAGAUUAAAUCAAUUAAAGGAAGAAAGUGCUAAGGCAAGGAAGGGAAAAAAGAAAAUAAUUAUCCUAGGUGAUAGUCACUCUAGAAAUUUUGCCAAGCAUUUGCGCUUAAACUCAACAAACUUUGCCAUAGAAUCAUAUGUACACCCAGGUGCGGGUUCAAAUAAAAUACUUGCAAGUGCAAACUUUCCUGACCUAUCCAAAAAUGACUGUGUACUAAUCCUCUCGGGUUCUAAUGACGUUUAUAAGAUAAGUAGCAGAAACCAUGAUAGUAUAAGUGCAGCCAAUCAUCCUAUCAUUUCCUUUGCAGCUAGGCAUAAACAUACAAAUGUAAUUGUUUCUGCGGUACCCUAUAGGAGGGACAAAGCACCCUCUGAUCCUAUGAAUCAACAAAUCUAUGAUUUUAAUUUAAGUUUAUUUGACCUAGGACAAAAGAAUGUAAAUUGUACCUUCUUCAAUAGGAUGUGUUUUGCUAUUGGGAAUGAUUAUUGUAAGGACGGACUUCAUGUGAAAGAUAAUUUCAAACGCUUGCUGGCGCUUGAGUUGACGUCAUUCCUCAACUUUCAUUUAAACUAAACUGCUCUGACAAUGGAAAUGCUAAUUUUCUGCGCUCUGAAAUUUUGACUCUUGAAAAUAACCGUAUCAACAAUAUAAAUUCGCCUAAAUUCCAAUUACUUAAUCUAAAUAUUCAAAGCCUCCAUAAAAUUGGGAAAACUCAUCUUCUUGCUCUUGAGAUGGGCAAAUUAAAGUCCGAGCCGGAUAUUAUCUGCCUUACAGAAACUUGGUUUAAGCCAGAUAGCGCUAUUCCCCUCUCCAAUUACAUUUGCGCUGACUCCAAGGCUAGAGAAAUUUCAAGAGGAGGGGGGUCUGCAAUCUAUGUCAAGCCAACUAUUAAGUAUUCUCGUCCUCAAAUUUUUGAAGCCCAUUCUGUAGAGCACCACUUUGAAAUUUCGGCUAUCUCAAUACAUAAACUUAAUAAUAUUCAUCUUAAAAAGCCUUGGGUUAUUCUAUCAAUAUACAGACCGCCUACUGGCGAUUUUGAAGUAAUGUUGGAAAAAUUAGAAGCAGUACUUAGUACCUUGCACGAAAUGAAUUGUCAU